AUGAUAAUCAACAAACUUGCAUUGUCGUUUUUAAUUUGUGCUCGCGCCGCCUUAGGUGCUGAUCUCCAAGCGAUUCAGAUCAAAGGCUCCAAAUUUUUCUACGAGAAUGGGACUCAGUUUUUCUUGAAAGGAAUCGCGUACCAGCAGGAUUCCUCUGCCAAUGGAGAGACCACUACCAACACGACGUUUAUCGAUCCGCUGGCCGAUGAAGCAAACUGCAAGCGUGAUAUCCCUCUGCUAACUGAGCUGGGAACCAACGUGAUCCGUACGUAUGCGAUCGAUCCGACUGCCGACCACUCCGCUUGCAUGGAGCUGCUUAACGAUGCGGGCAUAUAUGUGAUUUCCGAUCUUGGCAAUCCGGGGCAGUCUAUCAACCGUGAAAACCCUCAGUGGAAUGUGGAUCUCUUCACCCAUUUUCAGCAAGUCGUUGACUCCUUCGCCAAUUACACGAAUGUCAUCGGCUUCUUUGUUGGCAAUGAGGUCACCAACAACGCUACCACGACCUCGGCUUCCGCAUACGUCAAGGCUGCUGUACGAGAUGUGAAGCAGUAUAUCAAGGACAAGAAAUACCGUGCCAUGUACGUAGGCUACGCUGCCGAUGAUGAUGCGGACAUCAGAGACCAAAUCGCCGCCUACUUCAACUGUGGACCUGCGGAAGACUCUGUCGAUUUCUUUGGAUACAACGUCUACGAGUGGUGCGGCGAGAAAACGUUUGAGAGCUCUGGCUACAAUCGAAUUCUGAGCUUCUUCCAAGACUAUUCGGUACCGGUGUUCUUUGCUGAAUAUGGCUGCAACCAACCCAACGGCGCAGCCGGCCGUAUAUUUCAAGAAACCGGCGCAUUAUACGUACGAAACAUGACGGAAGUCCUUAGCGGCGGCAUCGUUUAUGAAUACUUCGAGGAAGAAAAUGACUAUGGCCUUGUCAAGGUCAGUGGCGACACCGCGACCAAGCUCAAGGACUUCAACGCGCUCCAACAGCAGAUCGAGGCCGCCAAUCCUCAAGGCGUUGAGAUGUCCAGCUAUAGCCCUUCCAACAAGGCCGCCAGUUGCCCAGCAGUCAAUUCAACUUGGCAAUCCAGCGACAAACUUCCGCCAACUCCCGACUCGGACGCCUGCAGCUGCAUGGUCAAAGCUUCUGAGUGUGUCGUCUCUAGCAGCACGGAUCCCGAUGACUACGGAAGCAUAUUCGACUACGUCUGCGGAUCCGACCAAUCUUUGUGCAACGGCAUCAAUGGCAAUACCUCCACCGGCGACUACGGCGCAUUUAGCAUGUGCAGCGAUUCGGAUAAGUUGACCUACGUCCUAAAUCAGUACUACCAGAAACAGAACAAAGACAGCACCGCUUGUGACUUCAACAGCAGUGCUCAGACGCAGACUGCUUCGGGAACUGUGAACAAGUGCAGUGCACUGGCUGCCUCAAGCUCGGACAACUCUACGAGCUCGGACAAUUCCACCGGUUCAGGCAGUGAUGAUGAUGAUAGCAUGGGAGCUCUAGGGGCCCUUAUCCCCGGCAGUUGGCAGCUUGGAGGCAUCACGUUUGUCACCCUUCUCGUCAGCGCCGGCAUUGUGGGCCUGUAG